AUGUCCGCCCGCUCGCCGAGCUUGUCACGCACGAGUCGUUUCUCCCGCGAAGGCUUUCAACCGUUGGGCGGCGGCAACAUGCAAAACAACAUGAAUCCCAACGAUGCCACAAUUAACAUUCCCAUGAAUGAGAUGCAAGGCCUGAACAGGUCGCCUUCUGGCGUCCGUCAGCCGAAUCAUGAAGGCGCAGGUUCGCCUUCAGAUGAGUUCUUGCAACCUCCGACCGAAGGUGGUCUCGAGAAGAAACAAAGCAUCUUCCGUCGCGGUCAUGGAAGCCGGGCUGGCCGCCGAAGAGUCACCAGUUAUGGCACCCCGGGAGGAGAAAAAGAGUCCAAUCGUUACGACGGGGACAAAGACUACCUGAACCGCAUGGGCAAAGUCUAUAAUAAAAUUCUCAACUUUUCCAUCAUCACUCGCUACUUGGUCUAUAUUGCUCCUUUGGGUAUUGCCUUUGCUAUCCCCAUCAUCAUCGGCGCCACGGUCGCCAAGAAUGCCACCUUGGGCGGUGUUCGGCUCGUCUGGUUCUUCAUGUGGAUCGAGGCGGUUUGGCUGAGCUUGUGGGUGUCCAAGAUUGUCGCCAAGCUGUUGCCCUAUCUCUUCCAGUUCCUCUGCGGCAUCGUCAGCCAGGGAACCCGCAAGUAUGCUCUUAUUCUCAAAGCUCUUGAAAUCCCUCUUUCUUUGGCAGGAUGGGCGCUGUGCUCGCUGGCCACUUUCAAGCCGAUUAUGGUCCGCAACCCGACAACCCGUGCCGAAGGAAGUCAAACUCGAAAAUGGGAAGACAUUGUUCAGGAAAUUCUGGCGGCAUCGCUCAUCGCAUCUCUCAUCUUCCUCGCAGAAAAGUUCCUCGUCCAGAUCAUCUCCAUCAAUUACCACCGCAAACAAUUCGACUUCAAGAUUCGAGACGCGAAGCGAAAUGUUCAGCUACUCACGUUGCUCUACGAAGCGUCUCGGUCCAUCUUCCCCCAAUACUGUCCCGAGUUUGCAGAGGAGGACUAUGUCAUCAACGAUCUCAUCAAUAUCUCCCUUGGCAAGAAGAAGGGACAUAAACACUCGGGAUCGGGAACACCAAUGAAGAUUAUCCAGAAUGUCGGUCGUGUCGGAGACAAAAUCACCUCGGUCUUUGGAAACGUGGCACAAGAGAUCACCGGCAAAGAAGUCUUCAACCCCGACUCUGCGCACUCGGUAGUAGUCGGCGCGCUCGAGAAGAAGCGAUCUUCCGAGGCUCUGGCCCGACGAAUCUGGAUGUCAUUUGUAGAAGAAGGAAAAGAUGCUCUGUACCUGGUCGAUAUUAUGGAAGUCCUCGGACCGGACCGUCGGGCCGAGGCCGAGGAGUGCUUUGCCAGCUUGGACCAGGACGGCAAUGGAGAUGUCAGCUUGGAUGAAAUGGUUCUGACGGUGGUCAACCUAAGCCGCGAGAGGCGAUCCAUUGCUACGAGCAUGCAUGAUGUUGACCAGGCCAUCAAUGUUCUCGACCAACUGCUCUGCGCGGUGGUGGGCAUUAUCGUCGUCUUCGUUUUCGUUGCCUUUCUCAACAAAUCAUUCACCACGACUCUUGCCACAGCUGGUACAGCUUUGCUGUCCAUGUCCUUUGUCUUUGCCAUUACGGCCCAGGAGAUUCUCGGAUCCUGCAUCUUCUUGUUCGUCAAGCAUCCUUACGACAUUGGAGACCGAGUCGACAUUGGAAAUGACCAGCUCUUCGUCGAACACAUCUCCCUCCUCUUCACCGUCUUCAGAAGAGUCGCCAACAACCGAAUGGUCCAAGUCCCGAACAAUGUGCUCAAUACCAAUUGGAUUGAAAACGUCUCCCGCUCCAAGGCAAUGAAGGAACAGCUCAGCAUGUACAUUAGCUUUGACACCUCUCUGGAGGACAUUCAACUGUUGCGCAAUGAGAUGCUGGCAUUCGUCAGUGACAAGGAGAACUCGAGGGACUUCCAGCCGGAUAUCGACGUAGAAGUUACUGGUAUUGCUGAGAUGAACAAGAUGGAGCUUCGUGUUGAAAUCAGGCACAAGAGCAACUGGUCCAACGAAACUAUCCGCGCAGCACGUCGGUCCAAGUUUAUGUGUGCACUCGUCCUCGCUCUUCGAAAGGUUCCCAUUUACGCCCCCGGUGGUGGUAGCGCUCCUCUUGGUGACCCUGGUAACCCGACAUACUCGGUUUCUGUUUCCAACGAGAUAGCCGCCGCAAACAGAGACGAUUACGCUGCCAAGAAGGAAGCCAAACGUCUUGUCCCUACCAAGAAGCUUGAACCCGAACCCGAACCCGAACCUUUUGCGUCAAGCGAUGCGAAUAAUACCGGUUAUGCGACCGGAAACGAACUGUCCAGAUCAAACGGCACGCUCACCAGACGCGCUGGCAUCGAACGAAUUGUCUCCGAAACCGAUGCAGUUCAAACACUCAACGCCCGGAACAAUACCGGCCAGGACAUUGGCGACGACUGGGACGGCGAGCGUGGCGACGAAGUCACUACUCUCGGCGGACGCGACAGCUCUGAGACCAAGCGCGGAAACGAUCUUGAAGAAGUUCGAGGCCUCCUUCGCCGAGAGAGCACGGUCGGACGCCGAAAGCGUUCUGCCAACUCGGAUAUGCUCAACGUUCCCUUGGACACUGAUUCGCCGCUUGCAACCGGCUAUGGCGCUCAGCCUUAUGGCGGACACUCUGAUGCUUACAACGGAGGACAAAGUGGAGCAAUGUACGCUACAAACCCGUACCAGCAGCAAGCAUCAUCCAUGUCGUCGCAGUAUCCUCAGUAUCAAUACCCGACAGCACAGCAGCAGCAGCAGCAACAACAGCAGCAACAACAGCAAGUACAGUCGUCCCGGAAUCAGCCUGCUGGUACCGUUGCGGGACAGCACCAACAAUACCCAUCAGCCAUCUAA